GCGGCGGUGCGCACCGCCUUCACCGACCCCCCCGAGCAGGUGCCCGAAGCCGUCUCCAACAAGAAGCGGUGCGUGAAGGUGCUGAAGCAGGAGCUGGGCGGGUUGGGCAUCAGCAUCAAGGGGGGCAAGGAGAACAAGAUGCCCAUCCUCAUUAGCAAGAUCUUCAAGGGGCUGGCGGCCGACCAGACCCAGGCCCUCUACGUGGGCGAUGCCAUCCUGGCCGUCAACGGCACCGACCUGCGGGAUGCCACCCACGACGAGGCGGUGCAGGCGCUCAAGCGGGCCGGCAAGGAGGUGCUGCUGGAAGUGAAAUACAUGAGAGAAGCAACCCCCUAUGUGAAAAAAGGCUCUCCUGUUUCAGAAAUUGGGUGGGAGACGCCUCCCCCAGAAUCUCCCCGCUUGGGUUGUACCUCAGCUGACCCCCUGUCGCAGCUUUCACUCUCCAUCCACAGAGACAAGAAGACAAUACCACUCAAGAUGUGCUACGUGACACGCAACAUGACAGUGUCAGACCCUGAAAACAGGCUGAUUGAAGUUCAUUCACCUGAUGCCAAGCACACCGUGGUGCUCAGGAGUAAGGAUUCAGCUACAGCCCAGGCCUGGUUCAAUGCCAUCCACUCCAGUGUCAAUGAGCUCAUCCCCCGGGUGAUUGCAGAGGUCAGAGACCAGCUCGGAAAAACAGGGAUUGCUGGAAGUCGAGAGAUUAGGCAUCUAGGCUGGCUUGCAGAAAAGGUACCAGGAGACAAUGAGAAGCACUGGAAGCCAGUGUUAGUGGUCUUGACAGAGAAGGACCUCUUAAUAUAUGAGAGCAUGCCGCGGAUGAAGGAAGCUUGGUUCAGCCCUCUGCAUACCUACCCCCUGCUCGCCACCAGGUUGGUCCAUUCUGGCCCAGGAAAAGGCUCACCUCAGUCCGGGGUGGACUUGUCUUUCGCGACCCGAACGGGUACAAGGCAAGGGAUCGAAACCCAUCUGUUCCGGACGGAGACGAGCCGAGACCUCUCCCUGUGGACGAGGAGCGUGGUGCAGGGCUGCCACAACUCUGCAGAGCUCAUCACGGAAAUCACCACGUCUUGCACAUACAAAAGCCAGGAGUGCCGCCUGACCAUCCAUUACGAACAUGGCUUCUCUCUUACAACCGAACCGCAAGAUGGUGCCUUCUCUAAGACAAUUGCACAAUAUCCCUACGAAAAACUGAAAAUGUCCUCAGAUGAUGGGAUAAGGAUGCUUUAUUUAGACUUUGGAGGAAAGGAUGGAGAAAUUCAACUGGACCUUCAUUCCUGUCCAAAACCAAUUGUGUUCAUCAUUCAUUCCUUCCUGUCGGCAAAGAUUACAAGACUUGGCUUGGUGGCAUGAGCAGGACACAUCUGUUUCUGCAGACAGACGGCGUGACCAUGCUAAUCUGAAGGACAGUCAACAGCAGAGCCCGUACCAGUAGCAGCACACACCACCUUGGGGUUCAGGACCGGGCCCUGGUCAUUUCUGCAGUCUUCCAAGGCCCGGGUUCCAUUCUCAUCAGCUAAAGAGGUGGCAUGACAAGGAAAACAGUGGAUUUCAUUGUAAAUAAUGGGAUUUUUAAAAUCCCAUGUGAGACAGUAAAAGCGUGUAGUACCAUACAUGUAAAUGUUUCAGAAUCAUAAAUUGUGCCUAUUUCAAUGUACUUGUUUAUAUAGAAUAAGUAAAGGGCUAAGAAGACAAGAGGUGAUGUUGGUUGUGAUGCAAGCUCAAGGUUGGUUGAGCAGAGGUUCUCCAAACCAGAUUGUCCCACCACCCAAAAGUAAAAUAUUUUUUUCUGUGCUCACCUGUGCACCGCUUACAGAAGACUUUUCUUUUGUGGCACCAUCAGAACCUGUUGCUUGAACACCCAGCAGAGCACACAAAUAUACAGCUGUGAGCAGCAAACAGCUGGAGGGUCCCUGCUGAGGACUUCAAAAAUAAAAUGACAGACAUCUUACAUACAUUCCUAGCAUGGACCCAAAGCAAGACUAGCAAUAGCGCUGUAUUGAGAGCUGGCUGUCAGGGGGCACAGGGAGGAGCAUCCUUUGUUAAUUUUUAUAGUGACUUCCCAGAAAGGCUUAAUGAGUUCCAGCUGCCCAGGAUCCUCAGCUCAGGUGAAAGAUACCACCUAAGCUUCUGCCAGCACAUUGCCACAGCAGUUUUCCAACAGAAAGCCACGCUGAGCUUCCUGUCCUCCUACCCCUGCUGUGUCACCCCCUCAGCUCUGACAGGACUGGUUGUGUGGUCUUCAUAGAAGAACAAAUGUGGGGAAGCAGGAAGGGUUGAUUUUUUUGAGAGUUUCCUAGAUUAGAUCAGAAAAGUUACUGAAGCAGCUCCGCAGCAGUGAGGAAACACACCGGGGCAGGAACAGGAGCUGCACUGCCAGGAAAGCCUUCACAUGGAAGGAACCGCUCCUGCGAGCGUGACUUGGCAAGUCCACAUUUAUUCCUUGCUGCUGAAACGUAAGACGUUCACCUCCAUACCCACAACUUUCUAGUUCCUGUUUUGCACCAAAACUUACUCUUUUAAGUCAAAACAUGUGAUUCACUGAGUGUCAGCCUUCUUCACAGUUAGGCUGGGCAUGAAGCAGGCAGGAACACUAACCUUCACCAUUGGAGAGGAUACACACAGCCUGCACCUGGAGCCACUCAACUGGCUCAAUGUGGUCUGGCAGGAACAGAAAGCAGCAGAACAGGGAUGGCAUUUAUGUUGCUCCUUUACUUUGUAACCAGAACUCCCACCUAUAGGGGUUGGGGGUUGUUUGCUUUUAGAGUUUUGCCCUAAAUUCACACUUUGAAGGACAGCAACUGUACGGGAAGUAAUAAAUCCAAAGUUUGUGAAAGCUCACUUGUCAUAUUACAACACUUCAUUUAUUCCUGAGAAAGCACAUAAGUUUCAACUUAGCAUCACUUGGCUGGCAAAGAGGAAAAUUAAAACCACAGUUUGGUUCCAUGUUAUUUUUAAGCUAAGUCCUCAGAGUUAAGCGUAAGUCAUGCUGUUUAUUCACAGCACAGGAAUUAGUUCAUGGUGGUUUCCAUAGGUAUCUUAAUCAUCAAACCUAAUUAAAAAAUUAAGAUGAUGAGCUGAAUUGGCAUAUGCAGAAAAUAAUCAUUGAAGACCAACAGCUGAAUUGCCAUUUGGACGAGCAGCCCCGCUCCCAGCCCCUCUCACCAGUCAAAAGCAACCGCGUGAGGGGAGUCACCGAGCUGGGAACUCUGGUUUCACUGUCACGGUACUCGCACCUAAAAACUGAUUCCUCUUGUAAAUUCCCAGGGCAGGGGAUAACAGGUUACAGAACUUACCAAUAAUUUCCAAACAGUUCUUAUCUAGCGACCGCUGCCGUUCCCGUAUCUCCCUGUGGCAGUCACUCGGGUCUCCUUUGGCUGGAAGCUUCUAGGAGAAGACUCCUGGGAAGCGGAGAGCAGUGGGUACGGUGGGGACCGGGUCGGUGAGUGUGAACUCACAUCAUGGCAUCUUAUAAAACCUUGUGUGACGUUUCUAACAAGCAAUUCAGGACACUUCUAUUUGCUGUUCCAAAGUCUAACUUACUUAAAAAAUCUGGCUGCAGGCUCCUGUAAAAGUUGCAGAGGUUAAAGUGAAAUCUUGCAUCCUGUGGGGUAGGUUAAAUACAUAUGUAAACUAUACUGCACUAUUUCCUUGCUCCUUUAACACUUACAAAUCACUGGAAUGUCACACCUAACAUGUAUGUGCAUUGUAAAUAUUACAAAUUCCUAUAUUAGUACCAACAAUUAAAUGAAACAAUAUGUAAUCUAAGGUGCUCAGUACUAUAUGAAGUAUAAGUGAAUAACUAAACAGUUUGCAAAGAAAAUUCAUAUUAUAUAUAUUUAUAGAAAAAAAAAGUAAUUACAGAUGUUAUUUCUUCAUUUUCAGAUUUUGGACUGAUUCAUAUUUGGAUGGGAUAGACAAAUGAAAUAUGGACCUACUCCACAUUUAUAAGAGUAUAGUGAAUAUUUAUAUUUUAGAGGAAAAGAAUAUAUUUAAUAAAGUCAUUUAUUGGAUUUUUGUGAGGUGAGCUUACUUUGUACCCACACAACCUGUUUGGAAGGCUUUCCUGGCCUUUGGAUUUAGGCUGCGGAAACCACAUUUUAAACCUCUGUCAGUCUGUAAGAAUUCAGUUACUGGAGAGGAGGGUUCAUCCUAUUGAUGGAGUGACUUCUAAAAAUUGGGAAACACACAAACAGAAUUAUUAAAGAUCUCUCCACAGAGCAUCAGUGCCUCCAAUUAGGUAAAGUCGGUGUCCGCGUGGCAGCGGCGCUGGUGAUGCCAGCCCGAAAGUUGAGUCACAUAGCAUUUUUUUGGGCUGCUAAUAUUUACUGAAAGGCCAAAGGGAUGUUCUGGGCAAGGCCAUUCAGACUCACCUGCUGAAGUUACAAGGCUUCCUUUGUCACUUGUGUUUAACUGGGCAGCUACAGAAGUCAUAAAAACAUCCCAAGAACAGACACUUCUGCUCAAGCUUCCGCAUUCCAGGGGUGAGGCCAACACCCGCCUCGCUCAGUUCUUAGAAAAACAGUUAUGGAAAAAAGGAUGUGUUUCUUCCCCUCUAAUUCUGAACUUGGUGGCCCAGCAGGGAAGCUCACUGCGGGAAUUUAAGUCUGUUCCUUCAGUGUGAUGCGAGGUGGGGCAGAGCAGCCCCACGGAAAUCCUGAGAAAGGGUAUUCUAGAGCUUCAUUCCUUUCACAACGCACUGGCUGGAAAUUGGACGGUCUGAUCAGAAAGUCUGUAAUAGCAGCUUCCCCCUUAGAAAGACUUGGCUACAUAUUGGAACAUAGCUGUUACUGGAAAAAUGUGAUAUAAGGUGUUUGUUAAAAAAAACAUAAUAAAAGAAAAUAAAGCUGAUCUGACUGUGUUCAGGGCAGCAAAAUGGUG